AUGGUCGUUGCAAUGCAGAAAUCUGUUCAGUGUACGGUUGUUGGAGAUGGUUUAGUUGGAAAGUCAAGUUUAGUUAAAAGACUGAUCAGUGGAAAGUUUCACCAGGAGUAUGUGGCCACCCUCAAGGACGAUUACGUUACCAAACUGUCCGCUAAUGGGGAUGCAUAUACCCUGAAUGUCUCAGAUAUUGCUGGGGAGCAUGAGGACUUGUCUUCAUUAGCAACGCCAGACAUCUACAUUGUUUGCUUCAGCCUUGUUGAUGAUGACUCAAUGGACGGCGUCCUUAAUUUUUGGAAUCCCAAACUCCGGACAAUCGGGAAGCAUACCCCAAUCGUCCUUGUAGGAACACAGUCUGAUUUGAGACAAACUGGUCAAACUGGACAUAUUACUACAUCCGAUGGCCUGGCUUUGGCGAAGUCGAUGAGAGCUGAUGCCUACGUGGAAUGUUCUUCCAAGUCUGGCUCCGGAGUGCUGGAAGCCUUCCAGAGCGCCUUAAUGGCGAGCAUCAGAUACAAAAAGAGGAAGGCCAACAUCCUAAAACGUGUUCUAGGACGAUGAAGAGGUGGCUUUCACGUUUGAUAUUUAGUGGUCCGUGUACCACUGUUCUUACGUUCUAAGAAAUGUUCUUGGAAAACCAAAUCAAUGAUGUUGUUCAUCGUUGUGGGAGUAAACAGAACACCCCGUCGCAUUUCUCUCAUCCCUACUUCUUGCUUCUGCGUCUGUGCAGGACACCAGCAAAGACCUGAAUUGAAGUCUUCCAAACAGUGAUAAGAAGUGUGAGAGAGAACAAGCGUUAAAACUGUUCUUUUAUUUGCAAAAGUCAUUGUAAUGUUACUAAAUGACAUUCUUAUAGCAUGUUGUCGAACGGAUUCAUGUCUGAUGUAACUAAAUAAAGAUUUCUUUUGAAA